AAACUUAAAAUGCCAUUGUCGCGACUCUCUGCCUCCAACGCCCUCAAGAAACUCGGAAGCGAAAAAACAAUGGCAAGAGCAGUCCUCCUUCACUUGCUUCGAUCUCAAUCCAAACGCCUCUCGUCUACAACCGUCCUGUCAGGCUAUCAUGGUUGUAGGUUUGGCAUAUCAUCAGAUGCUCAGAGUGCCAAACCCAACUUUAACAGUUGCAUUCAGAUUGCAGCUUUUCAGAAAAGAUGGGCAUCUCAAGCUAGGACAACGGAAGACGAUAAUAGGAUCAGCAUUGGACCUCGCAGUGGGAAAGAAAAGGGAGAGGAUGAAAAAGAGACUGGGGUGGUUUAUUAUGGUCCGAUCUCAUCCACCAUCAAGAAAGUAAAACUGCUGUCUCUAUCGACCUGCUGUCUCUCUGUAUCCUUGGGUCCUGUGAUAACCUUUAUGACAUCUCCAGAUAUGAAUGUUAUCUUAAAGGGUGCAGUUGCGUCUUCGGUUAUAUUCUUAAGUGCCACAACGACUGCUGCACUGCAUUGGUUCGUUAGCCCUUAUGUUCACAAGCUUAGGUGGCAGCCUGGCUCAGACAGCUUUGAGGUGGAGAUGCUGUCCUGGUUGGCAACAUACAUUCCAAAGACUAUCAAGUUUGCUGAUAUCCGACCUCCACAGACCAACAGGCCUUUUGUGACAUUUAAGGCCAAUGGGAGUUUCUACUUCGUUGAUGCUGAGCAUUGUCAUAACAAGGCAUUGUUGGCUAGACUGACUCCCCAGAAUCCUCAGCAUGAAUCUGCUUUCAAAAACUUGUGAUAGGAGGGUUUUAUGGCUGCAAGGUUAUGGAAUGCAGAACAAGUUCAGUUUAGUAGAUUGUGAUAAGCUCCUGUUUGGUUUGAAGCAAUGGCAUUUUUGCUUGCCUCUUUAAUUAGUGAAACGCCAGUAUUUUGAGUUUAAAAAUGGGAAAAGAUUCUAUAUUUGAUUUCUUUUAUAGGUUGGCAUGAAUAGGUUGAUAAAUGAAUUUUGGCUAUAAUAAUUUCUCUUAUGAAUCUAUUUUUGGAUGAUAAGGAUUGUGUAAUUUUAUUA